GUUCGAGUGGGUUCGACGAUAAUUGUCUCGUCGAAGAUAAUAAUACUGUAAUAUUCAUUAGGUAUAAUUAUUAUUAUUAUACCUAUUAAAUAUUUUAAAAUUAUCAAUUAAAUAACAAUAAUAAUACAUCAAUAUUCAAGACCGGUGCAUGAGUUGUGGCUGACGAAAAGAGGCGGCACACACAAGACUUGGUCUUCUUCAGUUCUUUGAUUCUUCAUUCUUGGUCUAGACAGGGCGUUGUAGUGUGUCGUGGAAACUGCGCGCGAUACGGAGAACGUGGGUCUAAUGAAGUGAUUGACUGUGAACAGUAAGUAUUCGGUACCUACACGACAAUGUCUGCGUCGGCUAUUUACAUACUGGACGUUAAGGGCAAGGUGUUGAUAUCCCGUAACUACCGGGGUGACAUCGCGCCCAACGUCAUUGAGAAGUUUAUGCCACUGCUGAUGGAAAAAGAAGAGGAGGGAUCGUUAACGCCACUGUUGCAGACUGAGGAGUGUACGUUCACAUACAUAAAAUGCAACAACCUGUAUGUCGUGUCCACGACCAAGAAGAAUGCCAACAUCAUGCUGGUGUUUGUGUUCCUACACAAGAUUGUGCGAGUCAUGAAUGAAUAUUUCAAGGAAAUCGAAGAGGAGAGCAUACGUGACAACUUUGUAGUCAUAUACGAACUUUUGGAUGAACUGCUCGACUUUGGGUAUCCGCAGACUACCGAUAGCAAAAUCCUACAAGAGUACAUCACACAAGAUGGCCACAAAUUAGAAAUACAACCAAGGAUCCCUAUGGCGGUGACUAAUGCCGUGUCUUGGCGCUCUGAAGGGCUCAAGUAUAGAAAAAAUGAAGUAUUCUUAGAUGUUAUCGAAUCAGUUAAUUUGUUAGCUAGUGCUAAUGGAAAUGUACUAAGGAGCGAAAUAGUGGGUUCAAUCAAAAUGAGAGUCUACCUGUCUGGAAUGCCAGAGUUACGCUUAGGGCUGAAUGACAAGGUAUUGUUUGAAAGCACUGGACGUGGCAAAUCCAAAUCUGUAGAACUUGAAGAUGUCAAAUUUCAUCAAUGUGUUCGUCUAUCACGAUUUGAAAACGACAGAACUAUAUCGUUUAUUCCUCCUGAUGGAGAAUUUGAUUUGAUGACAUACAGGUUAAGUACACAUAUCAAGCCUUUGAUUUGGAUUGAAAGUGUUAUAGAAAGACAUGCCCAUAGUCGUGUUGAAUACAUAGUUAAAGCAAAAUCACAGUUCAAGCGUCGGUCUACUGCCAAUAAUGUAGAAGUAGUCAUCCAAGUUCCAAUGGAUGCUGAUUCACCUAAAUUCAAAACUACCGUUGGUUCAGUCAAGUAUAUGCCUGAGCAAAAUUCUUUAGUGUGGUCAAUUAAGUCAUUCCCGGGUGGCAAAGAAUAUUUGAUGAGAGCACAUUUUGGUUUGCCAAGUGUUGAAAAUGAGGAGACUGAAGGCCGGCCUCCUAUACAGGUGAGGUUUGAAAUACCAUAUUUCACAACAUCAGGCAUCCAAGUCAGGUACUUGAAAAUUAUUGAGAAGAGUGGUUAUCAAGCAUUACCUUGGGUACGUUACAUUACCCAAAAUGGAGACUACCAGUUAAGAACCAACUAAAAUACUGAGUUUAUAUUAAUAAUAUAACUGAGUUUAUGAUAUUUAUGGUAUUAUUAUCUAUUACUUCAAAUGAGAUAGCAUAUUACUUUACUUUUAAUUAAUCUACAAAAACUUUUUUUUUUUAAUUUGUUGAUCCGUCCUGUGAAUUGUAUUUUUCAUUUAACCUGUCAUUACAUUAUUAUUGCUGAACGAAAAAUGACUGGUGUAGGUGUUAACUGUUCGUUGAUUUUAUUGUGAAAACAAUAUCCUAUAUUCUAAUAAAUUGUAUAUAUUUCAUGAAACAAAUCAUAACAACAUGUUUAGUUAUUAUUGGCUUAAGCUAUUAUAUCAUGUACCAAUAUUUUAUUCAAUUUUUAUUAUUAUUAAUUAUUAUUAAUAUUAUUAGUUAUUGUUAAGAAUAUAUAAUAUUAUACAUCUGAAUAAAAUAUAAAAUCAGUAUAACCUAA